UAAUAUGAUACAAAUUGUUGUGACUUUACAUGAAAAAAAUUGAUUCAAAUUCGGAUACUUGCACGCCACACAUGGUUUUGAUAUAUAAUAUAGUUUAAUAUAGUAUGUUUUCAUAGACAAUAAACGUAACUGCUGACUUUUAGUGAAUAAACUGAACAUUUUUGUCGGAUUUUGCUCGUUGAGUUACGUAAAAACUUGGAAGCUAAAAUGAAAGGGUCUUUCAGCAUAGACUCUUUGCUAUCGAAGAAAACAGAGGUUCAGCUACAUUCCCCCACGGCAACCACGGGGGUAUCUACAGGUUCGCCAACCUCGCCGACGUCAGCUAUGUCGCCGAGGAUCUCUUCCGGUUGCUGCAGUCAACCUUCCACACCAAGUCCGGAGUUAAGACUCUCGCCGGAGACCUACGUUCAAAACAAACAUCACGUGUUAAAAAAUGAUUUUAUUCCUCGUCCAGGACUUUUAAACAUGCAUCAACAAGCGAUGCUACAAACUAACCCAGUGGCUUUACAAGGAUUUUUACAGGCGCAAUACUUAAAUGCAUUAAAUGGACAACAUUCGCAAAAUUCACUGCAAGGACAUGGCCAUAUUGCUCCUCACCUUCAGAACAAUUCAGCUUUUCAUGCACCGGCAGACCAUGCAUAUAAAAUGGCGGCACAUCUGCACGCGGCGCACGGACAGUCGGGCAGUUCGGUGCAACCGUACAUUGGAGACUGGAUGUCGAGAGGCGGGAUGUUGAUGUCCCGUAUGAUGGACUACACGGCACAGGCACAGAAUAGUUUGAUGGGUAAAACAAGACGCCCAAGAACAGCAUUUACUUCUCAGCAACUCCUUGAAUUAGAAAGGCAAUUCAAAAUGAACAAAUACCUUUCCAGGCCGAAACGGUUUGAAGUAGCCACUACUCUCAUGUUGACUGAGACACAGGUAAAAAUCUGGUUCCAGAAUCGUCGCAUGAAAUGGAAAAGAAGCAAGAAAAACUUCACAAGUAAAACACAGAAUGGUCAGUCAAAUCCUUCCACAAACGACGGAACACAAAACGAGGCAACAAACGAUUUUCAAAGCGAGGUUGAUAUAGUAGACGAAGAGGACGAUUCUGAUAUUGAUAUAUCUGAUGAGCAGGACAUUGAUAUAGAGCAAAAGAGUGAUAAUGAAGACAUUGGAGUUCGGGAGGAGGAGGUCAAGGACGCUCAGAACGGGUGUGCAACACUAGACUUGAGUAUGAAAAGAUUUGCACUGCAAGGCCACAUGCAAAUUUCAAAUUUUUCGGUGGAAAAUAAACUACUAAGUGCAGCAUCAAUAUUGUGACAUAUUAAAUGUUGAAUCGUGACAUGUUAAAAUUUGAAUUGUGACAUGUUGAAUGUUGAACUAAACAUUUUCGGUGCAAUUUUCUGUAUUUAUGAAUUUGGGAUGGCAAAACAGUCUAAUGAUUAUGUCGGUCAGUAAUAAACUGUGCAUCUUUGAUUACGAUUUAAAACUACCAAGUACGCUACAAAUUAAUGUAGUUUUCUUUAGCAGCAUUUGCUACAUUUGACUAUUAUAAUAUAUACAUGCAUACAUAUAUCUUUUUAAAAAGUUCCAUCAUGUGCUUCUUUCUGAUACGAACUCUCAGACGUGAUUUAUUAAGAAAUGUUGACCAAACCACCAUGUUAAUUACUUUGCGUGUAACAAGAGACGCGUUUACCUAGACAAAUACACAGAAAAAUGUCCGCGGUAUCCGCGCUACUUUCUGAUCCACCAAAUCCAUAACAGAACUUUUCGUGAAUUGCGACUUUAUUUUGCAAGAUCCAUCAGUUAUUAGUUAAACAUCAUUUAAAAGGUCUUCAAUGGUUAUAGAAGAAUCUUUAAUUUUAAAGUAGCUUUAAUAUUGUCAGUUUUAUAAUCAAAAAUGUAAUUUUCCUAUCUGAAAUUUUGGCCCUUUGUGUUGCUUUUUUUCCCAAAGACAUCCUGAAAGAUUCUUUUUUUUUAAAAAUCCAUCAACAAAUAUUUUAAAAACUAGGUUUACAUCAAAAAACCCAAAUAAAAAUCUUUUUUUUUUUUUUUUUUUAAA